AUGGCUGUCCCCUUCCCCAAGGAGUUCAAGAUGCCGGCGUUUGAGUGUUAUGAUGGCAGCAUCGACCUUGUUCAGCAUCUAGAAGGCUUCAACUCAAUUAUGGCUUUUUGUGGGGCCUCUGACGCGAUCAUGUGUCGCACCUUCCCCCCAACAUUGAGGAAGGCCGCCAGAACUUGGUUCACCCACCUAGAACCAAACUCCAUUCACGAGUUUCAACAGCUCAGCACAGCCUUCGCCUCUGCCUUCACGAGAAGUCAGAGCUACAAGAAGACACCGGUAAGCCUCACCAAGGUGAAGCAGAAAAGUGGCAAAACUCUGAGAUCCUACUUAACUCGGUUCAACCAGGUCAAGCUAGAAGUGGAGGACCUUGAUCCCAAGGUAGAAUACACCGCUCUACUGGCCGGGAUCCGCGAGAAGGACCUCAACUGGGAACUUUGCAAGAGUAAUCCCAGCAAUCUGACGAAACUCCAGGCCAGAUGCGAGGAGUACAUGACGGCGGUGGAAACCCUAGAUGUAAAGAUGGAUGCCCAGGAUGGUAGAAUCGAGAAAAAGAGAACCGAGUGA